AUGAAAAGAUUCAAUGAUGAACACACUUAUAAAUCCAUUUGUUUAAAUGAUGAUGAUGGUGAUGGAAUUGAAUGUCCAUUAAGUGGUGCAGAAGCAUUGGUAGUAUGUAAAGAAUUUGCUUCAAUGACAGAUACCAAUACAGGUCUAGCUAUGGUGAUGUUACAAAAAAAUGAAUGGAAUUUACAAUGUGCUGUCAGUGCUUACCAAGAUUCAAUGCAAGGGAAAUCAAAAACAUCACAGAAACAAACGAUAAGUACAUCAGAUGUUAAAAGAGUGAAAUGUGAACCAUCAAUUACAACAUCAGUACCUAUAGAUAAUAAAACAAAUGCUACGACACGUUUCAAAGUACUUUCAUGGAAUAUUGAUGGACUUGAUGAACAAGAAAAUACUAUCGAUAUACGAACACGAGGAGUUAUUGAUGUUAUUAAACGGUAUUGUUUUUUUUCAAAACUACUAUUAACAGAUUUUAAUUUUAUUAGUGAAGAACCUGAUGCUGUAUUUCUUCAAGAAGUUAUUCCAAUAACAUUUGAUUUAAUUCGAAAUCUUUUACCUGAUUAUGAUUCAUAUGCUGGAAAUACUGAAGGUUAUUUCGUAGUUAUUCUAACUCGUCGUGAAUUAUUUAAAGUAUACAAUUUUGAAAUUAUUCCAUAUCCAGGAACAAAUAUGGGAAGGAAUCUACUUAUAGUUUAUGCAAUGUAUAAAAAUUCGAUUGAAAUUGAUCUAAUGACAUCACAUCAUGAAAGUGGUACAGAAGAUAUCGCAAGUAAAGAACGUAUGGAACAAUUAAAAUUAUGUUUUAAACAUAUGUCGGAUGCACCAUCUCAUCGAAUUGUUUUAUUUGGUGGUGAUUUAAAUAUAUGA